GAGGUGCCCGCGAGCGCCCUUAGGGGGCUUGGCCGGUGCCUAGCGCAGAGUUCCUACCUUAAGCUUGCGCGCUCCCUUCGCUGUCCGAGGAGACGGAGAGCAGGCAGUUUCUGCGCCCCUGGCUAUGCUCCGGCGCGCUGCCCCUUGCUGAAUUGUCGAGGCGCGCACGCUCUCCCGGCUUCUCCGCGCGGGGGGACUCCGAAGUAGCCUUUUUUAGCUGCUGCUGCUGCUGCUCAAUCGCCCGCUUCUUCUCCUCUCGCUGCUCCUCCCGGCUGCCCGACCCCCUUCCAAGGGAGCCGCCACCAUGAACAUCAUCCUGGAGUUCUUCGUGGUUACCUUCAAGGUCCUCUGGGCGUUCGUGGUGGCCGCCGCCAAGUGGCUCAUGCGCCCCAAGGAGAAGAGUGUGGCGGGGCAGGUGUGCCUCAUCACCGGCGCUGGCAGUGGGCUGGGCCGCCUCUUCGCUCUGGAGUUUGCCCGCCGCCGGGCGCGCUUGGUGCUCUGGGACAUCAACACGCAGAGCAACGAGGAGACGGCGGGCAUGGUGCGGCACAUCUACCGGGAGAUCGCCGAGGAAGCCGUGGUCGCUGCUCAGAAAGCUGGACAUGGUGAAGAAGUGGUACCUCACUACAACUUGCAAGUCCACACAUAUACUUGUGACGUGAGCAAAAGAGAAAACGUAUACACAACUGCUGAGAGAGUUCGCAAAGAAGUUGGUGAAGUCUCAGUCCUGGUUAAUAAUGCUGGUGUGGUUUCUGGACACCAUCUCCUGGAAUGUCCUGAUGAACUUAUUGAAAGGACCAUGAUGGUUAACUGCCAUGCACACUUCUGGACCACUAAAGCAUUCCUUCCCAAAAUGCUGGAAUUGAAUCAUGGACACAUUGUGACUGUUGCAAGUUCCCUUGGCCUAUUCAGUACCGCUGGAGUGGAGGAUUAUUGUGCCAGUAAAUUUGGAGCAGUGGGUUUUCACGAAUCUUUGAGCCAUGAACUGAAGGCAGCUGAAAAAGAUGGCAUUAAAACAACAUUGGUCUGUCCUUACCUUGUAGACACAGGAAUGUUCAGAGGCUGCAGAAUUAGAAAAGAAAUUGAGCCUUUCCUUCCACCACUGAAGCCAGAUUACUGUGUAAAACAAGCAAUGAGAGCUAUACUUACAGACCAACCUAUGAUUUGCACACCUCGCCUGAUGUAUAUGGUCACUUUCAUGAAAAGCAUCCUGCCUUUUGAAGCAGUUGUGUGUAUGUACCGGUUUUUGGGAGCAGACAAGUGCAUGUACCCUUUCAUUGCUCAACGAAAACAGGCCACAAAUAACAACGAAGCAAAAAAUGGAAUUUAACGUUUUACAAAGGACUGGUGUUUGUAGCUGAAUUAUGUUCAAAACUUAAUGACUGAAUUGUGAAGUGCACUUGCAGUUAGCAGAUGCAAUAGUUAACAUUUUACUGUGGUAUUCUCUUGGAUCCUAUACCUGUAUAGUGAACAGAAAAUCAAUGUUUUUACAUACUGUAUAUAAAGUAAUAGAAUUCUUGGAAACUGUGAUGGGCAAAGUGAAUUUAUAAAAUGUAGUGGUCACCCUUGUCCCUUUUGAAACUUCACUAAAUGUACAUUAACAUUCUACUCUUUUGUAAACAAACUGUGUAAGAUUGCUCCUAAGAUGGCCAUUCAACCAGAAGAUGCAAUUGUUUCAGCAACUAUUAUAUUUCCUUGUAUUUUCUGUGGGCAAGCAUUUUAAAACAAAUGUGGUGAAAUAGCGGGGCGGUGUUUCAUGGGUUCACCAGGCUAUGUAGAACAGAUAAAUUUCAGUGAAAUUCUGCCAUGUAACACCUACAUCCAUUGAACACUAAAUCUUUCCUAACUCAACUGGAAAAUGUGCAUUUUAUGAAGUUUUUGGAAUGAAGUAAUGCAGGACUUUUUCAUUCCAUUACUGAGAGAGACUCCCCUCUUUUCCCCACUCCAAAUAUUUUUAAAGUUGGUAGCUUCUUAAAGCUAAUUUGUGUUUUGAGGUGGCAAUGGCGUAUCUAAAUUAUGGCCAGAUAUCAUGGCAAAACCCUUUCCGCCCUCCUCAUUGCUCUCAUAUGUAAAUAUUACUUUACCCUAGCUCUUGUCUAAAAUUCAAAAGCAAUCAAGCAAGGUGGGUAAAAAAAAUAAGUCUUCAUUCUUAUGCCAGCUAAUUUGCAAAGAUACGAUUAAUGCUGGAUGCAACUUGACUGUUUUAAGGAUGGAAAGGGUGUGUAAAUGUCUCUUCACGAACAUCUUUAAAAAGUGUUCACAUUGUAGAAGCAGUUGGUGUUUUUUUUUUUGUAAAAAACAAACAAACAAUUUUGUGCCUUGAAUCUGAGCAUCUGUAUUAGUGGAAUAUUGUAACGGUGAACUUCUACCUCUAUAUCUAAAUGUAUACCAUCCGCUUGUAAAUUUACUAUAAAACAAAUCCUGUGGUGACCUUUUUUUUUUUAGAAUGUCAUGUUAAAUAGUGACCAACUUUUGUGGUUAUUAAAGUGAGCCACUUUGUUCUUUAAGCAA